AUGGGUGACUUCAAGAGUAUCCCAAUCCAGUGGAGCAGUUGCAUCAAUUGCACAGGAAUCCAAGGGUUUGAUGCUGGCAAUCCAGGAAUAACCCCUCUGCAGCAUUUUGAAGACACUGUGUCUCCUGUGUGGAGAGAUAGUAUAGAGACAAAAUAUGUCUGCUCAAAGUUCACGAGAUCAUGGAUCAGGGCCCAAUCACUGAAGCCUGAUGUUGCACCCAACCAGCAUAAUCUGUCCAUGGAAGCAUGGAAGGUGCAUGCCAUGGGAUUAGACUCCCAUUUUGUCAGGAAAGUCUCUGCACAAUGCCACUUUGAUUGGAUAUUGAAUGAGGAGGGUUCUGUCACAGUGGGGGAUGGAAGUCGAAACAGUAAAAGAGACAACACAGACAUAUUUUUGUCUGGAAAAAUAAUAGACCACAUGUGGUCUGGAAUGGCAAAAAUGCCGAGAGUCCAGUCAAUAAUCAUCAAUGAUCAGGGGAAGGCACAAAGGCUGGACCCUCGCACACAGGGGUCACUUGACUUAUAG